CCCGCGGCCCCCGCGGCACUCAGUCGAGUACAGCAGCGGGAAGGAGUCGUCGUGUCGCGUUGUCCUUACUUGUCUGGUACCACGUGGUUCGAAUCCGUUCCAGCAGCGCUCCAAUUACAGCGGUGCAUCUGAAGUUACACGAAUGUGGGAAAAGUGUUGGUUCCGACCGUUUCCAAGCGCCGCAAUGACUUGACAUUCUCGUCUCGCUCGUGAUAUCGCCUGCAAAGCCAUUUGUACUAGAAAUGACGCUGUUUCUGCAGAUUUUGGUGGUGGAAGCAUCUCUGAUAACAAUCAGUUUAUGUACAUAUGGCGCCUGGGCCGUGUCUUUCGUGCAGGCUGAAAGUGGUGAAGCCUUGUGCUAUCGCUGGCGCAAGGAGUUCGACAAAGGACGUCACUCGGAAACAUCGCCUUCUGAGACCAAACUGCGGGGAACCUGGGUGUCGCACAGGUGCGAAGUGCGACCAGGUCCAGAGUUUCUGCUACGCAAGUACCACUUUUACGACGAUGGAAGCUUUCGUCUGGAACAGUUUUUGUACCUGGACGAUUCCUGCAUUGUUCCUACUUACGGACUUGAGGCCUGGGGAAGGUUACGACUCACCCGGCCCUCAUGGGUAGUGCCUGGUGGCACUGAAGCGGAGCCGUCGCUUCACAGACUUCACGUAGUGCCAUACAGCACCGACGUAGCCCAGCGCAUCGCCCACAGAGUCAACAGAACUUGCCCAGGCCAAGUGACGGGUGCCUGGAGGCCUUACCGCAAGUACCGAAUUUUCAGCUACGUCGAAGGCAAGGCUAAGGACAAUGUGGUCCUGGAAGACAUAUCCUGCGCAUCAAGGCUUCAUUUUUCCGUAAAUGAACUGCAACUGAUCCGUGUAGUGCACCGACGAACUACCCAAUUUCAUCGUGAGUCUCGCACGCCGACUGUGGAACUCUAUUUGGGCGAUAUUCACACAAAUCACCAGCGGAGGCUCACCUACCAGCCCACUUCCUAUCAGCUGCCUUUGCUGGAACCUAAUACCCCGGGCUGUCACACCUGUCACCUGGUUGCCAAAUCAGCGGACCAGUCACCCCCGCAACUACCUCCAAAGCCCAAACUUCCAGUAUACCUCUCAGGCGAGUGGCUAAGCACCCGGUGUGAGGUCCGCCCUCUGGGCCUAUUUCUUACAAGACUCCUGCGCUACUAUACUGCCAACAACUCUUGGCAGGGAGAAUACCAAUACUUCCGCGAUCCCAACUGCAUACGACCGUGGUUUCUACUUCGAGCUCAAGGACUUUACAGCCACGUUGGACCUUCCAUGAAACUUCAUGGAGCAACCAACUAUAACUUCAAGCUACUAAGAGCCCAAGUCGUGCCACAGGACCCAGGAAUCUCCAAUAAUCUCAAUGCGGCUGCUGAAGAUGGUCGUUGUGCAGGACCGUGGCACGUGAACCAAUCGCGGGAUGUUUCCGCAACGGGUGGCUGUUCCCUUUUGGGCCUCGCUGUGCCAAGCAUCAAGUAUGAUGUAGUCAAAAUGGAGGUGGACAUCUACGGGAACGCGCUGCUCUUCUUGGGCGAUGUGGACACCGAUGGCGAAGCGACGCUUCAGAACCACAGGCCAACGUCGUACCAGGUACCAUUGAUCCAGUGCAAGACCUUUUCGGAUUUGGUCAGUGACAAGGUGACCUACAAUCUGCCACGUGCCCAGUUAAUGGCUAUAACAACUGACAGUUGUAGCCGGAUGGAGGUUUCUUGGCUGUCCCUGGUUGCUCUUCUGGGCUGCGUCAUCUACGUGUGGACCAUCUGGCUCGUUCGGAAGAUAAUCCCUGGAGGCAUGUCCGUUCCUGAUCCGUUGAGCCACUGAGCACUCAACCAGUACAACGUCACCAGGUGCAUUCCUGUGUAGUGUGCUGUUUUGAUACCACUUGGAGACCUGUGUGCACAACGGUGUCUGCUUGUCUGUGUCGAACCUUCCGGCGUCCAGUUGUGAUAGAUUUCAUUUUGUGAAGGUCAAUGUUGUGUUGUAUAUGAUGCACUUAGUCUCUCUAAGACGCACAGGUAUCCUGUUGACACGAAACAACAGUGGACAGAGAGGUGAUGCAGUACAAUGGAUGUGGACAAUACGGUUCAUAGCACUACGUCUUCCCGUUUUCGAGACGCAUUCAGGCUAUCAGAGCCACCAAUUCACGUCACGAUUUCUAUUCAUUUGAAUCACAAUAGUCACGAAAAUGAAUGUUCUUCGGGGUAUUUUAAUAUACAUCGCGUUGAGUAUCCAUCGUCAUACGACAAGGAAUUCAUAAAGUUAUGGAAGGAAAAUUGAUAUCCUACUGUAUGCCAUACAAGGGAGCAUACUAGACAGACACACCCUCCGCUACUGAUUCUGGAAAUUAUGUCUUCCUUUUUACUAAACACACGGAAUGCGAUUGACAAAGCUUCCGUGGUAACGUAAACGACUAAUUACGAUUCUUUUAAACUGUAUCAAAGCCUGCAAGAACCCCCCCCCCCUCCCCCCUCACAUUAUUCAACCUACCGCCAUGACCUCCGCGUUGCACAAUGUAUUUUUGUGUACUGUGUUGUUUCGUUGUACCCCCACAUCAUGAGGUAAUGUAUUCUUUUUCGUAACAAAACUACGGUGUCGUCUUCUUCUUGGUCCAGAACCUGUUACCAUGCAAACUCGUGGGGGGCAGACAAGCAGCGUCACAAAACAUGUACCGAACUACCGAUUUCUUCGCAGCAGUAAAAGAAGAGAGGCGGUUAGGACAAGUUACCGAAAUUCUAUGGCCUCUGUAUGCGUUUGUGAAAGUAGCAAUCGGAAUACCUUGAUAGCUGCUUAUGAAAUAGUUGUUAAAACCAACGAAACAUACACGCAUGGUGGAACUAUGCGCAUUAAACUAUUACACAUUUGGUCGAA